GUCAAAAUAUUUAACUCUUAUUUUGUGCAAUAACUGGUCAAUGCGGCUAAAUGCAGCACUAUAUCUCCUUACUUAUUUUCGAAAGCGAUGACAUGCCGAAGAGCACAGUGCAUACGUGGCAGAGAAGAUGGUAGCGGAUCAGUCAGACAUUCGGUCGAGAUCACGAUGUGUACAUUAUCCAAUCGCGGUUACGGACUUGCAAUAACAAUCUUGUGGUUAUGGUCAACGCAUUUGCUUCGACCGAGGUAUCACUGCGGUCGGUUCUUAUUCUCCUAGAGCUGUCAAGCCGGUGUCGCUCGGAAAGCUUGAGGGUGCCUCUCUCUUGUCCCCCCCCCGCCCAGCAAGACCGUUACUCCCCAG